AUGAGACGUAAAAACUUAACAGUUAUAUUGGCGUUAAUCGCAGUUAUAAAUGUCUUACUAAUCAUUGUGUUCGGCUGGCCAACCACUAGUUUUUUGAGCAAGAAAGACAGUACACUGACAGCUGCCGCGCAAGGGGAUCGCCAUGAAGAUAUGUUCUUACCCCGCCGUAAACAGCUUUAUGAUACGGUCGACGUACCGACAUAUUCUGACGAGCUGAAAGGAUUGAACGACACUAUAAAACACAUCAGGGCGCUGUUGAUAGCAAAUCAUCAAAGUAAUGGUCAUAGGCUGGACGUUAUUGGCAGCAGGCAACAACUUAACGAGCAACUACUGGUUAACAUACUGGCCAAUAUCUCUAAUACAUAUGAAGAAUUGCAGCAUAUGAACCAAUCUAUUAUUUCUGCCAAUUCUAAGCUAAACAACUUCAUAUCUAAAUGGAACAUCCAGUCCCAGGCGAAGGCGAGAGUCAAUGUAUUAUUGAUGGCGAGUAUGCGCACGGGGUCCUCUUUUCUCGGUGAAAUGUUCCGACAACACCCGGAUUAUUUGUACAUUUUCGAGCCUCCUAAAGGACUACGUUUAAAGGAUUACGACCCAAUGCUGACCGUAAACGGAGUGCAAAUGCUAACAGACAUAUACAACUGUGAUUUCACGUCGCCUUUUUCUAAACCAUUACUGGACAAUCUGUUUAAUCCUGUCGCACCGUUAGCUAGAAGAAAUGUUGUCCCGGCAUGGGUCAAUGAAAAAUACUGCUCCGGAUGGAGCGACCAAGCUAAAAUUUAUGCUAAAUGUUCACCAAUGUCGCCAUCAAUGGCGUCCGAAUCCUGUCGUUCUUUUAAGGGUGUUGUUGCCAAGGUGAUACGUAUCUACGACAUUUAUCCAUGGUUUCACCUCAUGAUGAACUCUACUGUAAAUCUUAAGGUGGUUAACUUAAUCAGAGACCCGAGGGGCGUCAUCGCGUCGGUUAUUCCUGUUCAUCUAAAACAGUAUGCAUCGCUGAUAAAAAAGGAAGAUAUCGACAUUCAACUAGAAGAGAAGCACUUCGACGAUGCACUGUCACAGAGGCUAAGUUUAUACUGCUCUACGAUGUUACGUAACGUUCUUGUGAGCAAUCAUGCAAAAUGGUUACCAAAAGAGAACUACAUGGCAAUCAGAUAUGAAGACAUGGCAGAAAAUCCAAUCAAGGCGGCAGACACAAUCUUCAACUUUCUGGGCACAGAUGUCCACGAUAAUGUAAUAAGAUGGAUAAAGGAGAACACGAACUACACCGAUGGUUCCAAUAGCCCUUACUAUGCGUGGCAAACUAAACGAAACUCGAAAGAAGUAUCACAAAAGUGGCGACAGAAAAUGACUUAUGGGCUUGCGAAAAAAAUAGAAGACACAGGAGACUGUUCUCAUCUCUUGGAAACUGUCGGUUAUCGGAAAGUUGAAAACCCCAAACAGCUAAAAGACCCAGCUGUCUCUUUUGUAUUACCAAAACCAAGUUGGUUAAGCACAUCAAUCCAAAGCUAA